GGCGCUCGGUGUCUGCAUCCGGCCAUGCGAGCAAGGAUGAGAGCGCAGAGGACGCAGGGCCAGGCGCAACGCAGGUAACGGAGCCGGGCUGCGGCGACCGCGGCUGGCUCUCUUCCGGGAUCCGGCGUGCUGAAUGGGGAGGACCGAGGCGACGCUGAGCCGCGGCUCGUAGCGGCGGGGCGGCUGCUUGAGCUGCAACUGCCAGAGAGGAUGUGCGGAGCCCGGGCGGCGCGAGGCAGUUGAGAGCCUUCGGGCCCCAGGACGCCGGGGCCCGGGAUGAGUUAGCGAGGGCCACCGCGGGGGCCAGUUCCGAGGGCUGCAGGCCGAGGCGACGGCGCCGCCCGCCUGCCCGCCCCUUCCGUGCAGAGGCCGCCAGCUCCUUUCCGCGCCCGCGCUCCCGGCCCCGGAGACCAUGAGGUUCCGCAUCUACAAACGGAAGGUGCUAAUCCUGACGCUCGUGGUGGCCGCCUGCGGCUUCGUCCUGUGGAGCAGCAAUGGGCGACAAAGGAAGAACGACGGCCUCGCCCCGCCGCUGCUGGACGCGGAGCCCCCGCGGGGUGCGGGCCAUCUCGCCGUGUCCGUAGGCAUCCGCAGGGCUUCCAACGACUCGGCGGCUCCUCCGGUCCCCGCGGCCCCGCGCCCGGAGGUGGACAACCUAACGCUGCGGUACCGGUCCCUGGUGUACCAGCUGAACUUUGACCAGAUGCUGAGGAAUGUCGAUAAUGACGGUACCUGGAGCCCCGGAGAACUGGUGCUGGUUGUUCAGGUGCAUAACCGGCCCGAAUACCUCAAGCUGCUGCUAGACUCGCUUCGGAAAGCCCAGGGCAUUAAUGAAGUCCUCGUCAUCUUUAGCCAUGACUUCUGGUCCGCAGAGAUCAACCAAAUGAUAACUAAGGUGAAUUUCUGCCCGGUUCUGCAAGUGUUCUUUCCAUUCAGCAUUCAGCUGUACCCGAGUGAGUUUCCCGGCAGUGACCCCAGAGACUGCCCCAGAGACCUAAAGAAGAACGAAGCUCUGAAGUUGGGGUGCAUCAAUGCCGAAUACCCUGACUCUUUCGGCCAUUACAGAGAGGCCAAAUUCUCGCAAACCAAACAUCAUUGGUGGUGGAAGCUGCAUUUUGUAUGGGAGAGAGUCAAAGUUCUUCAAGAUUACACUGGCCUUAUACUCUUCCUGGAAGAGGAUCACUACUUAGCCCCAGACUUUUACCAUGUCUUCAAAAAGAUGUGGAAGUUGAAGCAGCAGGAGUGUCCUGAGUGUGAUGUCCUCUCCCUUGGGACCUACACUACCAGUCGGAGUUUUUAUGGCAUUGCUGACAAGGUAGAUGUGAAAACUUGGAAAUCCACAGAGCACAAUAUGGGGUUAGCCAUGACCCGAGAUGCGUAUCAGAAGUUGAUCGAGUGCACAGACACUUUCUGUACUUACGAUGAUUAUAACUGGGACUGGACUCUUCAAUAUUUGACUGUAUCUUGUCUUCCUGAAUUCUGGAAAGUCUUAGUUCCUCAAGCUCCGAGGAUUUUUCAUGCUGGAGACUGUGGUAUGCAUCACAAGAAAAUAUGUAGGCCAUCCACCCAGAGUGCCCAGAUCGAGUCCUUCUUAGUUAAUAACCAACAGUACAUGUUUCCAGAAACUAUAGUUAUUAGUGAGAAGUUUUCUACUGCAGCCAUUUCCCCACCCAGGAAAAAUGGAGGGUGGGGAGAUAUUAGGGACCAUGAACUCUGUAAAAGUUAUAGAAGACUGCAGUGAAAAAAAGAAUCACAAUUGCAAAAAUGACAGUCUUCUGGUUUUUAUAUUUCUUUCAGUGGAAUAUACAAUUGAAUAAAGGGUAUAGGAACUGGUUUCUGCUUUAAUACACAGAUUUUUCUUGUAAAAGGUAUCCAAAUAUGUAGUAAUCCUCUUCAGUUAUGUCUGAUUAAAAUUUCAAACUGAAA